AUGAGAGAACUCUAUCUUUGGAUCGAACAAGGUUUGGAAGUUGAGUUUGACUUUACUAUUUACACUCACAUUUUGCAGGGAAAAUCCAAUUCUGCACCUGUCACACAAUUGUCAUCGGGUUCCUCCCUUGUUUUUAGUGCGAGUCAUAGCUUGUAUGCUGCUCACAACCCUGGGACAUCAUCCACGUUCGCAGAUUCAAGUGAACCUAAUCAAAAUUUCUCUAGUCCUGGGUCUUUAGAAGUUACAUCUGAAGCACAAGCCUUGCGCCAAUUGGAAAAAGAACUGAAUUUAAAUGAGGACAGCUUCAAUGAAAUUGCACUUAAUUUAAUUCCAUGUCAAGAUGAAAGGGUGAUUUAUAAGCAAGAUAAAUCUGCCACUUUGUCUGGACCAAAUGAUCAAGGACAACAUUUUCAUAGAUAUAAUGGAAGACAAGAUGACAGUGACACAUAUUAUCAUGACUUACUUGAUGAUUGUCCUGAUGGAAAUGAAAAAACUAUAUACUGGAACGAGGUGCUUGAAGCGUCUAAGUCCUUACCUGUGACCAAUUUACCUGAUCAAUAUGCAUAUGAGACAAUUGAAAAUGAAAAGUCAUUAUUUUCUUCAGGAAGGGCAAUGCUUGCCAACGUGGAAAACAAUCAGUGGCUGAAUUCCAACAGUAAUAAUGUUGAGAACUAUUCAAGCUUGGCUAUUGUACAGAAACAGAAAUUUUCAAUUAGGGCAGUCUCCCCAGAAUACUGUUAUGCCGCUGAGACUACAAAGGUUAUCAUUAUUGGGUCAUUUCUCUGUCAUCACUCGGAUUCUACCUGGGCCUGUAUGUUUGGUGAUGUUGAAGUUCCUGCUCAGAUUAUUCAGGAUGGCGUAAUCUGUUGUGAAACUCCAUCCAUUCUACUUGGAAAGGUUAAUUUGUGCAUUACUUCAGGAAAUAGGGUGCCUUGCAGCGAAGUGAGAGAGUUUGAGUUUCGAAAUAAGACUACUAGUUGCCCUCGCUGUAAUUCAUUGGAAACAGAAGAUCUGUUAUUACUUGUGCGAUUUGCAGAGAUGGUCCUCUCUGCUUCAAAUAAAAAGGAUGACAACAUAGAAUCUGGAAGUCAACUUUCGACAGAACAGAAAGAUGGUGAUGAUUCAUGGAGCCAUAUGAUAGACACUCUUCUGGAUGGCACUGGAAAAUCAUCUGAAACUGUAAACUGGCUUCUAGAAGAGCUGCUGAAGGAUAAGCUGCAGCUCUGGCUCUCUAACCCAUCCCAUGAAAGAGAUGAAGGGACAGGCUGUUCUUUGUCCAAGAAAGAGCAGGGGAUUAUACACAUGGUUUCUGGGUUGGGUUUUGAGUGGGCCUUGAACCCCAUUCUCAGUUGCGGUGUGAAUAUAAAUUUUCGUGACAUCAAUGGAUGGACGGCUCUUCAUUGGGCUGCACGGUUUGGGAGGUAA